AUUAGUAGGUGGUUACACUUGGCCACUUUCUAGUGUGAAGGUAGAGGCGUGUCAAGUUUUUGGCACCGUUGUCGGGGAAUGGCUAGGUUGUUGAAGAAACGUGAUUUCUUUUACUUUAGCAUUUCUUUUCCGCAUUGACUGUCUGCUUUGUCCCACUUGUGCCUUCACGGGUUUUUUUGCUUGGCUGUGUGUAGGUAGUGCAUGACCCGUAGCCAAUCGGGAGAUUUAUUACCGUUAGAUCCGGAGCUAGAACGCACUUGUCGCUAGCUAAGGAGACAACAGCGAGCAAGACUGGCUACGGAAGAAGUGCACGUCGACGGCCAUCUAAGCAGCGAUUCCGAAGAGGAAUACUGAUAUGAUCCCAAAUUGCCCACCAUUCACGUCACAAUUAUUUGACAAAGAAGCUAUCAAAGUUGGGAAGAAGAAAGACAGAAUUUGGCUGUGUCAAAAUCCGUGUUCAGGGUACAUACUUUGGAGGCAUGGUUCGCUCAAUUGGCUUGGUGGAAAUUCAAUUUUAAGAGUUUGUUUUUCAGAUAAAGUUACCAUCUUUCUAAUGGUAUGCUUUAUGGAUCCAGAAGAUGUCAUUAAGGUUGUUUUCCAAGUCCUCAAAGUUGCUACCUCAAAAUUGGAAAACUGCCAGAAAAUGGCUAAGGCAGGAAACUGUUUUGUGAAGCCUACUUUGGAGCUCAGUUCAAGGAGCAUGGAUCUGAUUCGAGACCAAAGGCUUCUACAACGUCAAACUAGGUAUGUUUGUGAACAAAGGGAAGGAAUUGGAUGAAGAAUUGGAGUUCGGGAAGGCCUCGAACGAAAGGCGUGAAGUUAGUACGAAAUCUGCAUUUUGACUGUUUGCUGGCAGCUUACUUGCACUUGAAGAAAGAGAGUUUAAAUCCGAAUUUUGAGUCCUUUUUAGAGUAGAUUUUUACCUUAAUUGUUUCCUAGUUCUAUUAGGUUUGUAUUAGGUUUAUUUGCCUUUAAAUACCUUUCUACUUUCGUUGUAAAACUCAGACUUUGAUUAAUCGAAUUGAGAACCUUUUGGUUUUGUGCAAGUUGCGACUUGUUUGAGUUUGGUGGAUUCCAAGCUUGUGAGCUUUGUAUCGAUUAAAUAUUCUCUUCAAUCGUGGUCGAGCAGCUACCCUUUUAUACCAUACGAGCUUUCCCCAGGUGUGGAAUUGUCCGUUGGUUCCGUUUUAUCCCAAGUUCGUAUUAAGAGCGCUUCGUUCUUGAUUCGAGCUCAAUCGAUUCUUCGAUUGAGUCGUUUGCUGCAUUACUUUGAUAACAUACACCUCCCAGGGGCUUAUCAAGUUGUAUCAGAGCCCCGUUCUACACAAGGGCGAAGGAGAAGAAGCAAGUGACGAUAUCGGCACAAGCAGAAUUCGUGUUUAAACAGGGCAGCCCCUGUUCGUGUGUUACAGCGGCUGUUUCGUGUGCAAUCGCGAUGGAAAACUCCCUUCGAGCAAAGGAGUUAGUAAAGGGCAGUAAGGAGGAGCAGCAGGCACGAUUUUGUGGCAAAGAGAAGUCCCCAACAGUCGUCAUCAAGCAUAGAGAGUCCGACGAACAGCGGGAUAACUUAUUUCACAGUAGAUGCUUCAUCGAUGGAAAAUUGGUGUCACUCGUGAUUGAUGGAGGGAGCUGUGAAAAUAUCGUAAGCCUGGACGCUGUCAACAAGCUUGGAUUGAAAACGCAAAGGCAUCCCCAACCUUACCAACUCAGUUGGAUCAACGAACAUGGAACGAUCAAUGUGACGAAACAAGUGUUAGUUCGCUUUAAUCUCGGACAGUACGAGGACGAGGUUUUGUGUGACGUUGCACCGAUGCAAACAGCUCACCUAUUGCUUGGUAGACCGUGGCAAUUCGAUCGAAAGGUUACACACGAAGGUUGGACAAAUUAUUAUAAGUUUCAGCACCAAGGUAAGAAGUUUGUGUUGAAACCUCUUUCUCCGGAUGACGUUUACAACGAUCAAAGGCAGAUGGAGGAGAAGAGGAAUACAGGCAAGGCGUCUCGAGCUCAGAUGUGGGUACAGAGGCACAUGGGAUUCAAUUUCAUGAGCUUUCGGAAGCACCAGAAGGCAGUCCCAGAGCUUGAACCAGCAGCCUGCAAUGAACUCUGUUUAUCCCCUGAAAAACAGAGUUACGAGGCCAGCAGUCACGCCGACGACGAGGAGGCAAAGAUGGAGCUCGACGCGGCCAACUAUGCGUUGCUAGAGGUGGAAGAAAGGUCGAAGAAGAGAGGAGAGGGUCGGGGUCAGUCUGACGAUGGGCGAAUCGUCUCGGCGACGAGAGCAGUUGAGCUUCCCAUCCUUGCCGCGAAACAGAGGAAGAGAGAGGGACAAUUGGUCGGGUUGAUUGGCGAAGUGGCGAGCAAAUCCAACAACGCUGAAACGUUCUCAAUGGCUUCGGGAAGCUCUCCCCUUGAGAAGAAGCAAACAAAUUCUUCUGUUUUGCAGAAUCAAAGUCGGGCUCAAACACCCCUGCAAACGCUCAAACACGAGCAAACUACGAGCGAAUGGGUUGGAAAGAUCGGGCCUGAUUCGAGCAAACUUCCCAAUACAGAAUCGUUCCAUAAUGUCCAUGGAACGUAUAUAAGUCUUCAAUUUGAUCCGAAAUCAUUCCAAUCAACAACGCCCAAUUCUGAAAUUUUUACCCGAAAGUUUGGAGAAGCCAAGGAAGAAUCGAUUGGAGAGAUUGGAAGCGAAUCGAACGAAAAAGAGACCAUGGGCAACUUCGGUAAGGUUCAAGUAAGCUCUAGCAACGAUCCAUUGGAAGAGGGGAAGCCGAAAUCACAAACGCAUAAUUUUUGUUUGGGCUCGCCGGAUUCUGGGUUUUCUUCGUCGGAAACUGGGAUUUUUAAAUCGUCCGGCGGCGGGAAACUUUUGGAUGACGAUUGGCGACGAUUCAGAGAUUAUCGAUGCACUGGAGUAGCAGUAAUCGAUUGCUGGGAUCGAUAUGAGUCGAUCUUGUGCAACGAAUUGGAUCGUGGUGGUCUAGGAACGAAAUCCCCAAAUUUGGAGCUCUCGCCGGAGUUCUUGCCGGCACCGGAUUCUGCAAAUUGUUGGCCGGAAUCUGUAAGUUUGUCAAAUUCGAUUCUGGGUCAAAUUUUCUUCGUUGUCUGGGUGGAAUGCGAACCUUGGAGUCCAACGAAGCGGCUGGAGCAGAUUGAAUGUGAAUUAGAAGCUGCCAUAGUUAUGCCGAAAAUUGUGUUUGCGCAGCCUACUUUCGAUCCAAUUUGGGAUCAAUUCUGUGAAUGGUUUGAGCAAACAAAGGAUAAAGUGUUGAGGGCAACACUUUUUCAAGAGGGAGGGCCUGAUAUGAUCCCAAAUUGCCCACCAUUCACGUCACAAUUAUUUGACAAAGAAGCUAUCAAAGUUGGGAAGAAGAAAGGCAGAAUUUGGCUGUGUCAAAAUCCGUGUUCAGGGUACAUACUUUGGAGGCAUGGUUCGCUCAAUUGGCUUGGUGGAAAUUCAAUUUUAAGAGUUUGUUUUUCAGAUAAAGUUACCAUCUUUCUAAUGGUAUGCUUUAUGGAUCCAGAAGAUGUCAUUAAGGUUGUUUUCCAAGUCCUCAAAGUUGCUACCUCAAAAUUGGAAAACUGCCAGAAAAUGGCUAAGGCAGGAAACUGUUUUGUGAAGUCUACUUUGGAGCUCAGUUCAAGGAGCAUGGAUCCGAUUCGAGACCAAAGGCUUCUACAACAUCAAACUAGGUAUGUUUUUGAACAAAGGGAAGGAAUUGGAUGAAGAAUUGGAGUUCGGGAAGGCCUCAAACAAAAGGCGUGAAGUUAGUACGAAAUCUGCCUUUUGACUGUUUGCUGGCAGCUUACUUGCACUUGAAGAAAGAGAGUUUAAAUCCGAAUUUUGAGUCCUUUUUAGAGUAGAUUUUUACCUUAAUUGUUUCCUAGUUCUAUUAGGUUUGUAUUAGGUUUAUUUGCCUAUAAAUACCUUUCUACUUUCGUUGUAAAACUCAGACUUUGAUUAAUCGAAUUGAGAACCUUUUGGUUUUGUGCAAGUUGCGACUUGUUUGAGUUUGGUAGAUUCCAAGCUUGUGAGCUUUGUAUCGAUUGAAUAUUCUCUUCAAUCGUGGUCGAGCAGCUACCCUUUUAUACCAUACGAGCUUUCCCCAGGUGUGGAAUUGUCCGUUGGUUCCGUUUUAUCCCAAGUUCGUAUUAAGAGCGCUUCGUUCUUGAUUCGAGCUCAAUCGAUUCUUCGAUUGAGUCGUUUGCUGCGUUACUUUGAUAACAUACACCCCCCAGGGGCGUAUCAAAUACGAGAUGGGCGACAAGCACAACAGAUGGAACCUUAACCUGGGGCAGAAUCAACCGCUAGGGAUGCCCAUGCAGGUCCCCCCCAGUGAAUCAGGUCCUGGCGAAAAACCCAGUUCCCCAGGCAGAUGGGGCUAAGCAUCCACCACCCCCGCCGGGCCCUACUAUGGAGUACUAAUACACUCCACGGGUCGCCGACAUCCGCCCCGUCAUCCUGUAUCAGCCCAUCCCAGUAAAUAACUUUGAGAUCA